CGGAGUCCUCCGCAGCCGCCUUUGGCCCCUGGGCCGACCGGCCUCAGAUGGUGGGGCCGGAGGAUGUCGGACCCUGCUCGGGAAGAAACGCCAAGUUGCUUCUAGUGCCGGCGCUUGGGCCCGCGGGCCAGAACAGGAAGAUGAUCCGGGCCGCGGGCGGCUUUCGAGGAGGCGUCGGCCCCGUGGAGCCGCCAGGGGCUGAGGAAGCAGAGGAGGAGGAGGAGGAGGCGGAGGUACAGCGCGGGCUGCGCCGGGAGUCGGGGUGGGGCCGGCCUUGGAGCUGGCGCGAGCUGCUGGAAAGGAAGGCUGCCUCCGUGUGGCCCCACGCGCGGCGGGACUUGGCUUUGAUUUGUCUCUCGGGGAAGAGGAACUGGGUCGGCAUUGUUUCUGUAGGAAUCCGUAUGAGCCCUGCGGGGAGGAAACCUUUCUGUCGCCCUGUUGGUUGUACACGGGGUUCACAUGUGCUUUCUGUGCAUUUUGUUCUGGCUAACCUGCUAGUCAUGUCUGCUGUUGCUUUUGGAAAAGCUGAUAACUUCGGCUCCCAUUCUUUUUGGGACCUUAAAGAUUUGGAUGGAGUGGAGGUGGGCAGAAGUUCUCAUCAAGUUGGCCAAGUGGGACCUGGACUUGUGAUCUCUUGCCUCAGCUACUCUGAGUACUGGGAUUCUAGAAACCUUUUUCCAAGAACAAAGGAACUCAAAUCAGUUGUUCAUAGUGCUCCUGGUUGGAAAUUAUUUGGUAAAGUCCCUCCCCGAGAGAAUCUUCAGAAAACUUCCAAAAUCAUUCAGCAGGAAUAUGAAGCACGAACGGGGAGGACCUGUAAACCAUCAACUCAGUCUUCAAGACGUAAAAAUUUUGAAUUUGAGCCACUUUCUACCACUGCCCUGAUUCUUGAGGACCGACCAUCAAAUCUUCCUGCUAAAUCUGUAGAAGAAGCUUUACGUCAUCGACAAGAAUACGAUGAGAUGGUGGCUGAGGCUAAAAAACGAGAAAUUAAAGAAGCACAUAAAAGAAAAAGAAUAAUGAGAGAACGAUUUAAACAGGAAGAAAAUAUUGCAAAUGCAAUGGUAAUUUGGAUCAAUGAAAUACUGCCCAAUUGGGAAGUAAUGCGUAGUACAAGAAGAGUUCGAGAAUUGUGGUGGCAGGGAUUGCCCCCUAGUGUUCGUGGGAAAGUUUGGAGUCUAGCUGUAGGAAAUGAACUAAAUAUCACUCCUGAACUUUAUGAGAUCUUCCUUUCAAGAGCAAAAGAACGAUGGAAAAGCUUCAGUGAAAUAAGUUCAGAGAAUGAUACAGAAGGUGUAUCUGUUGCUGACCGAGAGGCCAGUCUGGAAUUAAUUAAGUUGGACAUAUCCCGUACAUUUCCAUCUCUCUUCAUCUUUCAGAAGGGUGGCCCAUAUCAUGAUGUUUUACAUAGUAUCUUAGGGGCAUAUACAUGUUACAGACCUGACGUUGGUUAUGUCCAAGGGAUGUCCUUCAUUGCAGCAGUACUCAUUCUCAAUUUGGAAGAAGCAGAUGCCUUCAUUGCAUUUGCAAAUCUCCUUAAUAAGCCAUGCCAAUUGGCCUUUUUUCGUGUGGAUCACAGCAUGAUGUUGAAAUAUUUUGCAACAUUUGAAGUAUUCUUUGAAGAAAAUCUCUCCAAACUAUUUCUUCAUUUCAAGUCUUACAGUCUUACACCAGAUAUAUAUUUGAUAGACUGGAUCUUCACACUAUAUAGCAAAUCACUACCACUGGAUCUGGCCUGUCGAGUCUGGGAUGUAUUUUGCAGAGAUGGAGAGGAAUUUUUAUUUAGAACAGGAUUAGGAAUCCUCCGGUUAUAUGAAGAUAUUCUUCUACAGAUGGACUUUAUUCAUAUAGCACAGUUUCUAACUAAAUUACCAGAAGAUAUCACAUCAGAAAAGCUAUUCAGCUGUAUUGCAGCAAUUCAGAUGCAGAAUAGCACCAAAAAAUGGACUCAGGUUUUUGCAUCUGUUAUGAAGGAUAUUAAAGAAGGAGAGAAGAACAGCAGUCCUGCUCUGAAAAGCUAAUCUUCAAAAUUAACAGACUAACUGAAUUAUAAACAGUGUUUUUUUGAGGAGUACAAGUUAUUUUUGUUUCCUGUGUAAAAAGCAUGGAAAACAAUGUUGAAGAAAUUGAUCAGAAUCAGGAAGUGGAAAACUGCUGGUUUAAAAUUCCAUGGCCAAAGUAAUGAAAUGAGUAAUAUAUUGACAGUAUUAAUUUAAAAAAAAAAGUAUUUCGUAGGGAUACCCAUUUUUUUCAGAGAAAAAAGUUUAAAUGGAUAUUUUAGACUCCAUAAUUUGGAAUAAACAGUUUAAUGCAAUAAAUUUUUUAAAUAGCUUCAAAGAUUCUUCAAAGUUUUACAUCUUUACUUUAAUAAUUACCACAGAGACACUUUGAAGGUCAGAGUAGAAUUGUUCAAUAUUACUUCAACCUCCAAAGUGCUUUAAUACAGAUGUUAUCUCUAGUUCCAAACUUUAAAAGAUUGUAUUGAAGACCAAGAAUAAGCAACUUUCCAUUUACACUAAGUCACCAAGAGUAUCUUCGUUUGCAGUUUGGAGCAAAUGUGAAUGAUCUGGGAACUGGAAAUACUGGGGGAAAAUUGUUUCUUGUUUGUUUAGGUUUAGUACCACCACAGUUAUGUCUAAUUGUCCUUGAAGGGAAUUUAUCUUCCUUAAGGAAUUCUUGUCACUGAAAGAGUUUUAGCCUUUCAAUUUCUAAUCUAACAAAGUGUUCACCUAGAAAUGUAACAUUAAGAAAACAAAUUAAUAGAAUGAAAGUUCUUUGCACUUUAGUGGACUGAAGACUUGACUUUGAGAAUAAGUCUAAAAUAUAAAUGAGGCUUUUCACUGGUAAGAGUAAAAAGUAAUGAAUUCUGGGAGUUCUUAAGUAGCAUACUACCUGAAAAAACUUUACAUUUUUAAGUUAAAAGUCUUUCUCUGUUUAUAGAAAUGAAAUUUUGUUAAUUCAUUUGAAAUUUGAAAUCUUAUACUUAGCUAAGUCCAUGACUUGUGAAAUACUAUGCAUAAUUUUUCUAAUCAGUGGAAAUAAGAGUAAAAAGGUAAAAUCAACUUUAUUUUUGAGUCUAACUUUGAUGGCAUAGCAAAUACAUUAUUAAUAUUCGAUAAAUUGGCAUUAAAUGUAAUAAGUUUUGAAUCUAAAUUCAAUCAUGAGUGUUAUAAGUGGUAUCUAUAACAUACUAUGUGGCUAAUAGUUAAAGUUAUAGUUUUUAUGUUGCAAUAUUAAGCACACUAUUUCUGUUAGUGAUAUCUGUGUGUAUAGUCUUCCAACUAACAAGCCUCAGAUCCUUGUUAGUGUAGUGACUGCCUCUUUAGUAGGAGUUUGGGACCAGAGGGUACCCAUAUAUUUUUACCCUAUGGGUCAUUCUAGCCUAGGGACUACUAGUGGAACCCUCAGAAAUUAACUCCUGUUACAGGGGCUUGCUUAGUGGAAAGUGAUAGUGUAAUAAAAUACUGAGGGAGUGUCCAGGGUUUUAAUAGGUUUUAAGAUGACCUUUCAACUCUGGUAACAGUUUCCUUGGUAUUGGUGUCCCUGAUAGAGGGAAUAUAACCUCUGGCAGUAAUCUCAUUGAGGUUAUAGGACCUGCCUAAAUGUAAUCUUACUUUUAUGUAUUUCCUGUAUUUUUUCUUAUUGUACAGUUUCUUUACCUUUCAAAUAUAAAUGUGUAUAUAAAAUGUAAAUACAAGGAAUUCACUAAAAACCACUAGUAACAAUUACUGUGUAAAUAAAACUUGCGAGCAGAGUAAUUACUUGAAAAUGAGUCUUCAUUAUUUUGAGGAUAUCUGGUUUAGUUACCUACAUCAGGAGGGAAAAAAAUAUCCUUUUUUUGGCAGGGGGUAAGGUGAAGGCAAAUUUUUCUUCCAAAGGAUGUAGUAGGUUUUUGGUCUUUUGAGACUUUCAGUACUGGCAGCUAAAAUACUGUCCUGUGUCUUCCUCCCUUCAACUUUAUGUACGGGCAAUAAGUAAUUAUUUUCAUGGUCAGUG